UUGAAGACUAUUUCAGGCAAUAUCAUACAGUUUCAGAGUCAGGAGGAGAAUGACAAUUCCGGUGUGGUGGAAGGAAGCCGGCAAGCGAGCAAGGAUCACUCUUCAAGUGUAGCGGUUCCACAAAGACAACUGACCUUCAAGCAGAAAAUUCAGCACAUUCCGCCCAUUCUUCACUUAAUGAUUCCACUUGCGCUGGUCUACGUUGCCCAAUAUAUGAUAAAUCAAGGACUGGCUCAGUUAAUUAUUUUCAAGUGCUCCGAGGGCUUUCACCUUGACUAUAAUGCUCAAUAUCGCUGGUACCAGGCACGUUUCUUAUCAGUUCUAGAGCGUGUUUGGGCUUGGGUGAGAUAUGGAACGUUUGAAUCAGAUUGA